UUGCAAUGUAAAAGUCAAACGUGCAGGCAGUUCUGAAGAAUGGCAUUUCAUCUCUCCUACACUCUGUAGGGCAGCUCUCAUGAUGCUGCCAAGCAGCGCUGCGCUGUGUGAGAAAUCAAAGCGCAGGCGUCGAGUCGGGAGGUAGCCUAUCUUGUGCGCAGACUGGGUACUGUACAUGGCCAUUGAUGCUGCUGGAUGGAUGUAGCCCCUGAUGUAAAUAAGAAUGGCGAGGGCAGCGGGUCUAACAUGCCGCGUUAUCUCUGCUUGACAUCGGAACAUUGCAUGCCACCAUCGGGAUUUUCUAAAAAAGCGGGGGCCUUUUCUCGUUUUCAUCGGACUCUGCCUUGACAGCUCGCCUGAUGAUUUUAAUUUGACACAAGAGCCAAAGCAGACGGGCGGCUUCUUCUAAUAAACACUCGGGAAAAACAGGUCAUUAUGACCUUAGUAUCCUCCAGUAAAAGAAAACCAUCGGAUUGCUUUUACGCGGCAGCAUUCUGCUUGCAUUUUUUGCUUUGGAUUUCGUGUGCUGUGUCCGGAGAGGAGGAUCAUCAGUUCAGCGUUGAGGGAUGGCUACAGAGGUAUGGCUACCUUCCCCGCACAGAACCGGGAAUGUCUGUCCUGCGCUCGGCCCAAACCAUGCACUCAGCCAUCGCUGCCAUGCAGCGUGUCUAUGGUCUCAAUGUCACAGGGACACUGGAUGAGAAAACCAAGGAUGAUAUCACGCUGAGUUGGAUGCAAAAGCCUCGCUGUGGAGUUCCGGACAAAUUUAAAAGUGCUUCGAGGUCACGGAAGCGGAGAUAUGCGCUGACAGGACAGAAGUGGCAGCGUACACACAUCACCUACAGCAUAAAAAAUGUCACACCAAAGGUGGGCGCCCGGGAGACUCACGAUGCCAUCCGGCGGGCGUUUGACGUGUGGCAGGGUGUGACUCCCCUACGCUUUGAGGCCGUUCCAUACAGCGCACUGGAGACUGGCAGGCGUGACGUGGACAUCACCAUCAUUUUCGCUUCGGGUUUUCAUGGUGACAGCUCACCCUUCGACGGGGAGGGGGGAUUCCUCGCCCAUGCCUAUUUCCCGGGCCCAGGCAUAGGAGGGGACACACACUUUGAUUCAGAUGAGCCCUGGACCCUGGGGAACCCAAACCAUGAUGGUAAUGACCUGUUCUUGGUUGCGGUGCAUGAGCUGGGCCACGCCCUCGGUCUGGAACACUCUAACGACCCCACCGCUAUCAUGGCUCCUUUCUACCAGUACAUGGACACAGAGAACUUCAAACUACCUCAUGAUGACCUGCAGGGCAUCCAGAAAAUCUAUGUUCCCGCUUCAGUAGGUGUCUCCAGGACAACAUUUUGCCAUGAUGACACACACACAGACUCACAAGGUCCACCAGAUAGAGCACCGCAGCCUACUAGGCCCCCACCCACGGUCCCUCCUCCUCGCUUCCACCCUCCUUCAGACCCCCGUAAGCAUGACCGCCAUGCCAGACCCCAUCGCCCUCCACAGGGGGCCAAGCCCUUCAACCCCAACUCCAUACCCAACAUCUGUGAUGGAGGCUUCAACACCCUGGCCAUCCUCCGGCAGGAGCUUUUUGUUUUCAAGGACCAGUGGUUUUGGAGGGUACGAGACAACUCAGUAGUCCCUGGCUACCCCAUGCAGAUUAACCACUUCUGGAAAGGCUUGCCUCCCAAAAUCGAUGCUGUGUAUGAAAAUAGCGAAGGGAAGUUUGUCUUUUUCAAAGGAAACCGUUUCUGGGUCUUCAAGGACACAACUCUCCAGCCUUCGUACCCUCAGGACAUCUCGCUGUUCGGGAGCGGCAUGCCCACUCAGAGUAUCGAGACAGCUGUCUGGUGGGAAGAUGUCGCAAAAACCUACUUCUUCAAAGGAGACAGGUACUGGAGGUACAAUGAGGACAUGAGAACCAUGGACCCAGGUUAUCCCAAACCCAUCAACAUCUGGAAGGGCAUCCCUGACUCUCCACAGGGGGCUUUUGUGGAUAAGGCCAACGGCUUUACCUACUUUUACAAGGGAAAGGAGUACUGGAAGUUCAACAACCAGCUGCUUCGUGUGGAGCCUAGCUACCCAAGGUCCAUCCUGAGGGAUUUCAUGGGCUGUGACGGUCUGCCUGCCGACCCCGACUGGGAUUGGAACCCCCCGGUGGCGGAGGAACGCCACUACGACAAUGGUGACGUGGACGUUGUCAUCAAACUGGACAGCACGGGGGGCACAGAGAAAGCAGUGGCCAUCGCUAUCCCCUGUGUCCUGGCGCUUUGCAUGAUGGUCCUCCUCUACACCGUUUUCCAGUUCAGGAGGAAGAGCACACAGCGCCACAUACUGUACUGCAAGCGCUCCAUGCAGGAGUGGGUCUGAAGGACUGUUAUCGCACUGUAUAGAAAGGGGUGUGAAGCUCUGAUAGAGGUAUAGUUAUUACUUGAAGCCCUAAGUACAGUAAUUGGAAGCACUGUAAAGGGUACAGUACAUAAGGAUUGCCAUGUUGGCAGAUUUUAAAGCUGCUUGAACUCAACUAACAAGCUGCAAGGAAGCGAAACGAUCAGCAGAACGCAACUAAAUUAGUGAGGGAGCCACAUCUCCUGUGUCCAACUAAUAUGUAUGUAUCUGACUUUUUUCUGUAUCUUGGAAUGAACUCAAUUAAGUGAGACACAGUUAAGCUACUGUAAGUGGGACCUUUGUCUAUCCUCGUCUCUGCACGCCGCUUAAAAAGCCCCUAGCACUAACUUCAGUGGGAAAAUUAGAUAUAGGCUUCUACUUUACUUUCAUUUCUUAAUUACAUUGCUCUGAGCUGUGCUUUUUUUCCUUUAGGGUCCCUGUAAAAGAUUAUUCAUUGUGUGGAGGACUGAUACACAAACCAAAUAUGACCUAUUCUCCCAAAGAGGAUUACUGCUUGAUGUUGUUUUUCCUCCACGGAUCGAACAUUGCGGCAUCAUACUAAUUUUUUCUUUUUUGCCAUUGGUAUUCACAUCCACCCGUCUGCUCUGUAAUCUGUGGGGAUAGGAAGCAGCUGUAAGUAAGAGCUAGGAACUCAAGACUGUUGUGGCAGUGUAUCUCCAAAACAGGGGCCAAAAACCUCUGCAAUAUUUAUGAGACUGCCUUAAUCACAGAUUGCUUAAACUCCCUUCUCUUUCUCUCUGUUUCUCUGGUGUGGAAGCUGAGAACUGAGUGACAGUAGGAAUACAAACAGUGUAUAAUAAAGGCAUUCAUUACUUUCCAUAAUGCAACUUCAAAACCAGUAGUUAAAGGGUCAGUAUGUAACUUUUAUUUAAAAAACAAAUUCAUCAUAUUUGCUCAAACGGUCACUAUUCCUGACAGAUAAUCUGUGAAAAUAUCAUUUUCCUCUGCCUCACUCUAGUCCAAUGAGAGCCGAGGAGUCUCUCACACACAAUCACUGUUAGGAUGCUUGGAUUUCGGAUCAACAGUUUUCAACAUGGAGGUCGGGUCACAAACCUUCUCAUUCUACAGCUAAACAGUACACUAAAGUUUCUGAAAACGUUUGAGGCGAAAAAUAAGCAAUGCUGUAACAGAAUCUUGAUUCCUAUUUUAAUUUUAUUAAAAUUAAAUUAAAUAUUAAAUUUUAUUUUAUUUAUCAGCGCUGCCUAGUUUGAUAGUUUAAGUUUUUAGUUCCAGAGCAGUCAUUGACGCUGUGUUAGAGACUCCUCGGCUCUGAUUGGUUGUUUUCCUUCGGGCACAGUGGAAUCUUGCAAAUCUCAUUAGGAGCACCAGGAAGAGGGAGAGGAACAGGUUACCUGUCUCAUGUACUACUGUCAGUAGUAACAGUUUGUGCAAAUAUGACAAAAAGUUAUAUUUAAGAAAGUUACUUAAUGAACCUUAAGGACAGUUGCUCUUGAAAAUGUGCUAAGCAGUGCUAAAUACCUGAUGGCAAGCAGGCUAUCAGCUUUCAUUUACUGCCUCACCGGAGCAUAUGAGAGAGAAAGGGAAGGUUAGUUCGUGUGUGUGUGUGUGUGUGUGUGUGUGUGUGUGUGUGUGUGUGUGUGUGUGUGUGUGUGUGUGUGUGUGUGUGUGUGUGUGUGUGUGUGUGUGUGUGUGUGUGUGUGAAAGAGACAGUAACUACCCCCACUAUAUAUGUACUGUACUGUAGUGUCAGUUAUUGAAUAGCUCACAUCCUGCUUCCCUUUUUUUCAUGCCAGGUUUGGGCACUAAUAUUCGAAACUGUGUCAGCCCAUGCAUUUUAAACAGCUUUAUUAAUCCAUAUUUGUUUGUUCUUCUCAACUUUUUUUUUUUACAAGGUUUGUAAGUUUACAUGAUAUUUCACAUAGCAAAGGACACAGAAAGGGUAAAAUGAGACAUAUAAACUAUUUCUUAUUAAAAGGUCAUUAUCACUGCAUCUCUAGUUACCACAGACCCAUUAGCCUUGUAUCAGUGGCCAGUGCUUUUGUCCAGAUUGCUCUAUCUUCUUACCAAGGUAUUGCAAAUAGGUUUUGAGGAAAUGCAAAGUGAAACAAUUGUUGUAAAGAAGAAAACAUAAGUCUAAACAAUAACAGGAAUGAAUCCACAUAAAUAAAGAAACUUACUGUUGUCUGAAUUCUGGAUGUUAGGAAAAAAGUUAAACCUGUGCGUUCAAUAAUGGAACCAGGUUCUAUUAUGCACUGUAAUUAUAAUUAUCCAUUAUUAAAAAAUAUAUAUACUUAUGUUUUAUUAACAAAUUACUAAUAAAUGUUUAUAGAACUACUCUAUUGGAUUUUACAGGCAUAUCGGAAUACUAAAACUAGCAAAACUAAGUCUGAUGACAAAUAUUUCAAAUAUAUAUCAUGAUCUAUGAUGUUGCGUAUAUAUGACAUCAUACAUAAACCAUAAUAUGUUUCAAAGAGUUUAAUCAGCUGACUAUGAGAAACAAAUAAGCAAUAUAAAGCAUAACAAAAUGAAGACUCUCUCUGGGGUCUAUGGAGCUAAUCUCAACUGGAACUUUUUCUGUCCCCAUGUAUUGUAUUGUAAAUGCAAUACACAGCCUGGAUCAUAAUGAAAUAGACUGCAUCAUAAUUGCCUUUGAUUGCUGUCAUACAUUUACAAUAUGGUUGUUUGGUGUAGCGUUUCUCAGAGUUUGCCAGGUGACCUGUCUGUGAGCAUUCAUGAUAUGAUUUUUUUUUUAAAUAUAUAUGUGUGCUCCUUGGUUUUGUUACUUUUACUUGAAAUGGUCCUCAAUAUCAACUGUACAGGAUAUCUGACGUAAUCUUCCGUUGAUAUCAAGGCAAUGCCAUUUAUGCCAUAUAACAGAAGGAUUUAAGAGAUUUUGAACGUCUACAUGAAUUAUCUAAAGAAGGGUAAAUGGGUUGGAGCAUGAUUAGAUGUGGUUUUAUCAUGUCAUCAUUCAUACAGGAUAAAAACUUCAUACCAAACCUACAUACAGUAAGGGCAAUGCAUGUCAUUGUUUAAACCAAGAUGUCAUUCUUUAAUGGAACAUUCAGACUAUUUCACAUUAUGGUUAGAUGAAGUGACUGAUCAGCAUUGCAGGUUUCUGUUGGAUGCAUAGACAGAUCCAAACUGUCAUCUUUUAUAAACCAUGUGAAACUACCGGCUUCCAGCCGGUCCUCCCUCUUCCAAUCCAUCAAACUGAUGAAAGAACAUGUAGACAUUUUAAAGGCAGGAGCAUCUUUGGUUUUCAUAAAGGAGUGCUGAAUUGCAGAGCAUAUAUGUCCAUGUUGAUUCCUGACAACUAUAAUUUAAGGUGGAAGCAAAAAUCUUUGGCUCAGUGUUGUGUUUGAUGUCUUAUCAGUUUGUGUGUUUGUGGUGAGGGUCUGAUGGCUCCAGCGAGAGUGAACUAAUGAAGGCCAGUAUGGCGAGUCAGUUCUGUAUUUAUUGCCAUAUUUAUUCCUCUGCAUUCAACACCUCAAAUCUUGCAUUGCAUUGUACUGAGGGGAAGAAGCUUUUUUUUUUUGUUAUACCACUACUAAGUAAUGCUCCUCCUUCUGUUGCUGCCUCAACAACAAACAAUUCAUCUGAUGCAAAUGCUUUUCCAUCUUUGAGAGGUAAAUCAAAACUUGAAAAGGUUAUGUAUUUAAAAUGCUCUUUUUAACACUUAAAUCACUAGAGAUACCUGACAUUUCAGAUGUUGACUGAGUGUAAGCGGGAAGUGUCAAUGCUCUGACCUGCCCCUGUUUAUCUCCAGACUCCUCCAAGCUUUUUCCGUCUGCCUUGACACACACUUCUAAACAUUAGGGCUAAUUUGGAGUGUCAUUAAGGGAAGUAGAUGGGGACGAUUAGACAGCCGCCGAUACACCAGAGAGGCAAGGGUGCGGAAGGGACAGGAAGCAUUUUGAGAUCAUUGCAGUCAAGAUCUUAUACACAGAUACAUGCAGUAUAUACUCCAAGUCAUAGUGUGUGAGAAUUUAACAUAUUGCAUAAUAUGUACAUAAAGACAGAGUGUAUAUUGUCUGCUUGGGAGAAUUUUGUUUUUAAUGGGCCAUUCAUUUCAUGGAUAAAGAAAAUGCUGUGUGUUGUAAAUAAAACAAGUGCAUAAUGA